GCUCCCUGGACCCGGGCUCUGCCGCCGCCAGCCAGCCAGCAUGUCGGGGGUCAAGAAGCAGAGGACGGAGAUCCAGCAGAAGUCCACCAAUGUAGUUUAUCAGGCCCACCAUGUGAGCAGGAAUAAGAGAGGGCAGGUGGUUGGAACAAGGGGCGGGUUCCGAGGAUGUACCGUGUGGCUAACAGGUCUUUCCGGUGCUGGAAAAACAACGAUCAGUUUUGCUCUGGAAGAGUACCUCGUCUCCCACGCCAUCCCUUGUUACUCCCUGGAUGGGGAUAACGUCCGUCAUGGCCUUAACAAAAACCUCGGAUUCUCUCCUGGGGACAGAGAAGAAAAUAUCCGCCGGAUUGCCGAGGUGGCUAAGCUGUUUGCCGACGCCGGUCUGGUUUGCAUUACUAGCUUCAUCUCUCCCUUCACAAAGGAUCGUGAAAAUGCCCGCAAAGUCCACGAAUCAGCAGGACUGCCGUUCUUUGAAAUAUUUGUAGAUGCUCCUCUAAAUAUUUGUGAAAGCAGAGAUGUAAAAGGCCUCUACAAACGGGCCCGAGCUGGGGAGAUUAAAGGAUUUACAGGUAUUGAUUCCGACUAUGAGAAGCCUGAAACUCCUGAGCUUGUGCUUAAAACUAAUUUGUCCUCAGUGACUGACUGUGUCCAGCAGGUAGUGGAACUUCUGCAAGAGCAGAACAUUGUACCCUAUACCAUAAUCAAAGGCAUCCAUGAACUCUUUGUGCCAGAAAACAAACUCAACCAAGUCCGAGCUGAGGCUGAAACUCUCCCUUCAUUAUCAAUUACCAAGCUGGAUCUCCAGUGGGUCCAGGUUCUGAGUGAAGGCUGGGCCACCCCCCUCAGAGGUUUCAUGCGGGAGACGGAGUACCUGCAGGUCAUACACUUCGGCACCUUGCUAGAUGAUGGAGUAAUCAACAUGAGCAUUCCCAUCGUACUGCCUGUCUCUGCAGACGAUAAGACACGGCUGGAAGGGUGCAGCAAGUUUGUCCUGGCACACGGUGGGCGAAGGGUGGCUCUCUUACAAGACCCUGAGUUCUAUGAACAUAGAAAAGAGGAGCGUUGUUCCCAUGUGUGGGGCACAACGUGUGUCAAACACCCCUACAUCAAAAUGGUGAUGGAAAGUGGGGAUUGGCUGGUUGGUGGGGACCUUCAGGUGCUGGAGAGAAUAAGGUGGAACGAUGGUCUGGACCAAUACCGCCUGACACCUCUGGAGCUCACACAGAAAUGUAAAGAAAUGAAUGCUGAUGCGGUGUUUGCAUUCCAGUUGCGCAAUCCUGUCCACAAUGGCCAUGCUCUGUUGAUGCAGGACACACGCCGCCGCCUCCUGGAGAGGGGCUACAAGCACCCAGUGCUCCUGCUACACCCUCUGGGUGGCUGGACCAAGGAUGAUGAUGUGCCUCUGGACUGGCGGAUGAAGCAGCAUAGAGCUGUGCUUGAGGAAGGAGUCCUGGAUCCCAAGUCAACCAUUGUUGCCAUCUUUCCAUCUCCCAUGUUAUAUGCUGGCCCCACGGAGGUUCAGUGGCACUGCAGGUCCCGGAUGAUUGCGGGGGCCAAUUUCUACAUUGUGGGCAGGGACCCUGCAGGAAUGCCCCACCCUGAGACCAAGAAGGACCUCUAUGAACCCACUCAUGGGGGCAAGGUCUUGAGCAUGGCCCCUGGUCUCACCUCUGUGGAAAUCAUUCCAUUCCGAGUGGCUGCCUACAACAAAGCCAAAAAAGCCAUGGAUUUCUACGAUCCAGCAAGGCACAAUGAGUUUGACUUCAUCUCAGGAACUCGUAUGAGGAAGCUCGCCCGGGAAGGAGAAAAUCCCCCAGAUGGCUUCAUGGCCCCCAAAGCUUGGAAAGUCCUGACAGAUUAUUACAAGUCUCUGGAGAAGAACAACUAAAUGCCCUUUGGCUAUGGAGUUUCUUUCUGAAGUGCUCUUUCAUUACUUUUUCUAUUUUUGUGACUAAAUACUUUGUAUCCAAUUUCUUCUCAAUGACUGAUUUUAAAGUUAAUAUUUUAUGAGCUAAAAAUUGUGUCUAUAAAGUCAACUUCAAUAUAUAUACAUAGAAUGAAAACUAAAUCUUUAUGUGAAAGCAAUAUUGUACAUUUCAGAAAAUUAGCUGUAUGCCCUACUGCAUCUGAGCAGGUAGGUCCCAGAUUUUUUAAAGCUUUGACCAUGUGUAUAACUUGCCAAAAAGUGAGGCAUAUUUUUUAGCUUGUCUUGCCAACCUGUACUCUCCCAAUGCCAUAUACCAGUAAUAAAAUACAGAUGAACAGCCUCUUCUGUUCAACUGAUCCCCCCCCCCCGCACCCAAAAAGUUUCUCACACUAAAUAAGGUUUGGCUCACAUUAAGAUUUUUGCUAAUAUUUUACCUCGUGCCUGUUAUACAGCCUUACUACCCAAUAUUUUGUGUUGAAAACCUGACUGGAGAAACCAAAUGUGUGAUAAUGUGAAUUUAAUCUUAGAAAUCUAUGCAACCUACUUCUGCCAUGAAAGUUAUAUAAUCUAAUAAGAAGAAUAGCCUUAAUGGCUUUCUGUGAAUACUAUAACUCCAGUUAAAUAGCAAUUUUGAAGUGUGGAGUGCUUGGAUGAAAGGAUUUGCACCAAGUGGUCAAUUUGGCAAUGUUGCGGAAAAUUAAUUUUUUCCCUUUUUGCUGUGGUCAUUGUGUCCUACACAGAGGCUAGGCCUACCUGAAUGCGCAGCAGCAGCUGCACCCAAAAAUAAUCCACACAAUCAGACUAACAAGGUGCUAGAACUGGGAAAGACCACAGAAAACAUUAAAUUCAAACCUUUCAUCUUACAGUUGAACAAACUGAGUCACUGCACAUAUACAUGCUUCUUGAGCUGCUGAGCACUGAAACGAAAGCGCAAAACUGGCAUUGUUAGGAAGGACUGGUGACACUGAAUGAGUGCUCAGGCCACUUGACUCCCACUCUGGUGCUCUGUCUAUACCACAUAACACAGGAGCUGGAUCUGAUUCCCCUCAGCUGCUUAACAAACCUUCUUAAACAGAGGGUGCUGUUACAAAGCAGCCUUCUUGGAUCCCAAAAGGUCCAGAGUUUUCUAAACUCUAACUGUUUGCUGUUGAAGGAUCUCUUCCAAAGACUCAAGCUGUUUUGAGACAUCCUCUCACGGCUUUAUUUCCUGAGAGGUGAUCUUUUGUACUCUAUGCAUAAUUCACUGUUGCAAGGAAUAUAUGAAAAAAAUAACCUUUUAUACAAAAUAGGUCUCUCUGGAAGAGACCUAAACUGGAAAGAGAAAACUGUGAUUUUUUUUUCAUAUUUUUUUUUUAAAUGCUGAUCUUAGCUAAUUAAAGUUCUUUUGAGAAUAAAUUACACACAAUGGUCACAGCAAAUUUGUCUUUAAUGGUGUGGUGCCUAUACUCAUUUAAUCAGAGAGGUAUUCACUACUAAUUUUUUAAAAAAAUAGCAUAUUUAUUGAAAACCUGAGAAAAGAUGUAGUGCCUUAACCAAAUGUAUUCUGUGAUUUUAAAAAAUAUAUUUAAUACCGUUCUUCUGCUCUAGUACCACACUUAGUGCAAAUGACUAUUUCUAUGUAUAGCUGA